UUAAAAUCGAACGAUUUUUUAUCUCUACUUGUAUCGAAACGUGUUAUCUCUAGUGUUUCCAUUAUUUGUAAAAAUGGGAUUUAUAUAUUAAAAGCAACAAAUCGGUGUUUGUUUGUACUGACGAAGAUAAUGCGUUUGGUUAUAGCUACAAUAGUUGCCCUUUUGGGUACUACCCUUGGGGUUUCCUACGAUGGGUACAAGGUCUAUAAAAUUGUAACCAAAACAGAAGCUGAAGCUGCUUUGUUGAGGACGUUUGAGUCGAACGAAAACUUUGACUUUUGGUCAAGCAUUAACAAAGUCGGUAAACCCAUUUCCGUGAUGGUGGCACCAAAUGCACAAAGUCAGUUUGAAUUUAUUUUAAAAACAACCAAGAUGCAUUUCUCUGUUGAAAUUGAAGACGUUGAAAGUACCAUUGAAGCGGAACGGAGGUACCACCAAUCAAGACGACCUCUAAAAUCGGGAAGAAUCACCUUUGACCAGUACUUACGUCACGAUGAGAUUAAUGCAUAUUUGGCCGAACUUGCCCAAAAUUACCCAGACAAUGUAACUCUGGAAACAAUUGGACAAUCAUACCAAAAACGCGACAUGAUCGCAAUCCGAAUCUCUUCAGGCCCCAGCGAUCCUCCAAAACCCGCUGUUUUCAUAGACGCCGGAAUCCACGCAAGAGAAUGGAUCGCACCAGCUGUGGCUCUUUAUGCAAUUAACCAACUGGUAGAAAACCCAUACUACAGUCUCUUCACUGAACACGUCGACUGGAUCAUCCUCCCCAGUCUUAAUCCCGACGGUUAUGAAUACACCUGGGACGAAAACCGCCUCUGGAGGAAAACCCUUUCUAACGGAACACGAUGUAUAGGUUGUGACGCUAAUCGCAACUUUGGUUAUCACUGGAUGGAAGAUGGCGCUGAUGACGACGAGUGUUCGGAAAUUUACGGAGGGAAAGAGGCGUUUUCAGAGGUGGAGACUCAAAACCUGAGGGACUAUUUGGCGGACACGCCAAAUAUUAAGGGUUAUUUGAGUUUGCACAGUUUUGGACAGUAUGUGUUGUAUCCUUGGAGUUAUGCGGAUGUUCUUCCUGACAAUGCAGAUGAAUUGCAAGGAUUGGGGGAGCAAAUCAAUAAUGCUAUUGAGGCGGUUAAUGGAACGACGUACACUGUUGGUAGUACCACAGCAACUUUAUAUGCUGCUGCUGGAGCUAGUCAGGACUGGGCUAUGGGUGGAGCUGGUAUCGACAUUGUUUAUUCUAUAGAACUGCCUGGGGGAGGGUUCUUCGGGUUUGAUUUGCCCCCUUCUGAAAUCGAGAGGGUUGCACUGGAAACGUUUGAGGGACUGAAAGUGUUCGGUCAGUACUUUGUAGCACAGAAGCGAUAGUGUAAUCUUCACUUGUAUUAACAUACAAUAAAUCAAUACAAAAAUA